CAAAGACUAAGUCAAUCAGACAUGGAAGGAAUAUUCGCAAAGUUUCUUUUAAUCGUCUAUGCCAUACUGGUCUCAAGUGCCGGAAGUGACGUUGUCAAACGCGUGCUGCUGCACACUGACGUAGAUGUUGUCAAUGAGCUGAAUAGACUGACGUCGGAGGUGGCAUCACUCACUCAAAGUCUCUCAUCUCUCACACAGCGUCUUGACAUGCAGGACCAUGAGAUUGCUGCCUUGAAAUCUACAGCCAGCAGUUCGAUUUACACAAGAUGGGGGCGAACUACUUGUCCAGGAAAUGGCUCAUCUCUUGUAUACAAAGGUUACAUGGCAGGGACAUCCUUGGAUGAUCACUCAGCGCACGGCGAAGGUUCCAACUAUUUUUGCCUGAGUGAUACACCAAUAUGGGACCACUACAGUGAAGGAGUGGACAACGGCAUCUUUUUAUCUGGAGUCGAAUACGCUUUCCAUCCACACUUUCAAUCUUCGUCCCUAUCACAGUUUUUUGGCUCCAAUAUCGUACAAGGAGAGGCGCCCUGUGCAAUUUGCAAGGUCAUCAGAGAAACAUCAGUUAUGAUUCCGGGCCGAAAAGACUGCUACCCGGGAUGGACCAAAGAAUAUUCUGGCUAUCUUGUAGGUGGAUAUCCGGGCUAUGGCGACUCUAGUGAACUCGUUUGCCUCGACAGACGUCCAGAGAUCCUGCUUGAUGAUGGUAAAUUUCAAGGUGAAAACUUGUUGUAUUUUGUCGAGGCGCACUGCAAUGGCGGUCUUACAUGUCCACCGUACGUGAAUGGAAGAGAGAUUUCCUGCGUUGUCUGUUCAAACUAAUCGGAAAUAUGUGUUGGGGGGGAUGCGAAAAUACCCAAUAUUCAUGUCAUUUUUUCAAUAAAGAGGUACAUUUCAACAAAAAAAAUUAGGCCCUUAUCCUGCAUUUUAUUCAUCACACUUAAUUUUAAUGUACAUGUAACACUAUUGUGCAAAAUGAAGUUUGUAUUUUAAUGCUGUAUAAAA